AUGAGACAUUCUAGCACAUUUGGGAUUGAACCCGGGUUUGUUGCCAGAGCUUCCAGUAUCAGCCGUAUAUGGAGGCCGGACUCACAUCGCCUGAGUGUUCUGUUUGGCUGUAGGACGUGAGAGUUGCAGUUCGUGCUGCAGGAACUGCAUCGUACAGCUGAUUUUACUGAGUCAUUAACGGCUUGUGCCACAGAUUUUCUUGAUGUCGAAGCACAAACUCUUCCUGCUGCGGCAUGGCGAAGGAGCGUGGAACAAAGAGAACCGCUUCUGCAGCUGGGUCGACCAGAAACUUAGCGAAAACGGAGUCCUAGAAGCUAAGGAAUGUGGCCGGAUGCUGAAGCAGCAUGGCUAUGAGUUUGGUCGCGUUUUCACCUCCAUCCUCAGCCGCUCCGUUCAGACAGCAUGGCUCGUGCUGGAGUCCAUGGGCCAAGAGUGGGUCCCCAUCACCAAGUCAUGGAGGCUUAAUGAGCGCCACUACGGCGCUCUGAUCGGCCUCAACAGGGCAGAGAUGGCGCUGAACCAUGGUGAGGAGCAGGUAAAACUGUGGAGGCGGGGCUAUGAUGUCACUCCACCCCCCAUCGAUGAGUCCCAUCCCUACUAUGCACAGAUUUACAAUGACCGGCGGUACACUACGUGCGACGUGCCCAAAGAUGAGCUGCCCAAAACGGAGAGCCUGAAGGAGGUACUGGAUAGACUUCUGCCUUACUGGAAUGAUGUCAUCGUUCCUGAAAUUAAGAGUGGCCAAACCGUCCUCAUUUCAGCUCAUGGGAACAGCUGCAGAGCCUUGCUUAAGCAUCUUGAAGGUAUCUCUGAUACCGACAUUGUGAAUGUCACCCUGCCCACUGGAGUACCAGUUCUGCUUGAGUUGGAUGAAAACCUCCGGCCGGUGAAGCCCCGAGAGCUGCUGGGAGAUCAGGCAAAAAUUCAGGCAGCCAUUAAAAAGGUGGAGGAUCAGGGAAAGGUUGAUGAAGGAAAAAAAUGAGGUGCUUUUUUUUAUUACUUUCUAGCAAGUUCUUAUUUAUAAGAGCAUUAUAGUUCUUAUAAUGAUGCACUGAACAGGAGAAUAGUUACACUCUACUGUACACCUUUGUCUGUAUUGUUACUGGUUUUAGUUCUUUUGGUUUUGUUUAGGCAUGUGAUUUUUUUUUUUUGUUUUUUUUGUGUGGUAAAAGAUUAAGAGAAAAGUAAAUUGUAGUGGAUAUAUUUACUGUAUAACUACAGUAAUAAGCCUGUGCUUAACCCUGAAUGUGUAUUUAGAGAUUACUGGCCUAACUGGUCUGAAUCGAAAGACUAGCUGUGCAGUUGUCUUAAUUAAAAGAGAGCCCAGGAUCCGCCUAUGUUAACAUCAUUUGCUUUUAGAAUGCGUCAUGUGUCACUGUUAACAGAAUCAGUGGUGUAGAAAUGAUGUUCAUAGCUUAUGCACUUAAAUACACAAUGUACCUCAACAUUACUAAUAGCCAGGGCAGGUUUUUUUUUUUUACAAAAAGUAAAAAAAGUGGUGUGUGGUGGUUUUUAUUUUUUAUUUUUUUCCAUUCUUUAGAGCUGUUGCCAUACUUUAAUUUGCCAAGACAAAGCUAAUAAU